AUGCUCACGUCUGCUUUAUCUUCACACUCCAUACGACCUACGUCCCAUUCGUCUGAAAACACCAUUCCUCCCAAUGACACUGGUCAUUCAAACACAACGUCUUCUCCACCACCACCGCACAUUCGUAUAGUACCACACCUCGAGUCAUCGCGAUCACUGGUCUUUGGAGUCAUUGAACGAGACGUUCGAGAGAACAUCGUUAUCAAAAUUGGUCGCUUCACUGAUCGCUUCUUGACACCCAACCGUAUCACUUUCAGAAGCAAAGUAGUGAGUCGAGGACAUGCUGAGUUAUGGACUGAGGAUGGCAAGCUUUAUAUCCGCGAUACACGAUCCUCCUCGGGUACCUUUUUAAACCAUGUACGAUUGAGCGCCCCCAAUCAAGAAUCGAAGCCUUUCCAACUCAAGGAUGGUGAUAUUAUCCAAUUAGGAGUGGAUUAUCAGGGUGGAUAUGAAGAAAUCUAUCGAGCUGUCAAGAUGCGCAUUGAAUUGAAUCGGACAUGGCAACAUCAACCAAGUGCUUAUAGUGUCAACACGUUCCAAUCGUUACGCAAUUUGAUCACACCAACCAACAACAUCACUGUGCUGGACACUGUCAUGGAUAACAACAACGACAUUGACAAAAAAGAUUCACGUAUUGAGGAUUGUUGCAUUUGCCUAUAUCCCAUUGCACCAACACAAGCACUCUUUGUGGCUCCUUGUUCCCAUACUUUUCAUUUCAAAUGCUGUCGCCCAUUGUUACAACACUAUCCCGGAUUCGCGUGUCCGAUAUGCCGCCAAUAUGCCGAUCUUGAUGCGAGUGUAGCUGUAGAAGCUCAAGAGGUACAAGAAAUGUUAAAGCGGGCUGAUUCUUCUGGACAAGACUCCUCCUCAUAA